AUGCUGGAGCGAGCCGGCACAGAGAUUGAGCUGGCGGGGGAGACGAUGGCGUAUAUCUGGACGCACACGCCCUCCCUGCAGCGGUCACUCCGCCGCUCCAACUCGUGCGGUGAGCUUGCCUCGGGGCACCAUGAGCAUCUGGGAGUAGAGGUUGGUGGGGAGGGGCGGCGGAAGGGGGCUGGGGAAGAGAUUGGGGAGGGGGUUCGGGGGAGUGGGGGUGCAGGGGGAUGGAGGAAGGGGAGUGGGAGUGGGGGAGGGUGGGGGAAGGGGAGUGGAAGUGGGGGAGGAUGGGUCAAUGGCAGGAGGGGAGGCGGGAUUGCAGAGGCAGCAGAGGCAGCGGAUCCUGCAGCUGCGGGGGUAAGAGGGUGGGGUAGGAAGGGGGGGGUGUGGGGAGGGUUUUUUUCCGGGCAGCUGGGGCAAACACCGGGUGGGUUUUGGGGGGGAGAUGAGCAGCAGCAGAGGCGGGGGGGUGGGGAGGAAGAGGACAGUGAUGACAGCGACGAUUUCCUGCCGCCCGGUUUCUCGGCGCCGCUUGUGUACAGUGCGUAUGAGGGACGUGCGCCUUACCUCCCCGAGCCUCCUCUAGACGCUCGGGAGGCUCUGGAGGAUCGGGAGCAUGGCACUGCGCAAGCUUCUUCUGUGCGCAGCUCGGCCAAUCACAGCACCGCGACACGCGGGCAGGGGAGCAGCUUCAGCAACAUCAGCAGCACCAGCCCCAGCAGCAGCAGCAGCAGCAGCAGCAGCAGCUCUCAGCCGUCGUUCCGGCCGUACGGCAUGCCACCGCAGCGGGCGGCCGGCCGGCACAACAACAAGCCCUGCAGUCAGCCAUCUCGCAGUGACAUCCAAGAACAAUCCUCUCGCUCUGACAUCCGGAAGCCGUCUCGUGCUGACACUCAGAAGCCGCCUCCCGCCGACAUCCAGCGGCGCCUCGUGUCGAUUUCUGACCCCCGCGACCUGCCCUUCAGAGCGCCUGUCGCUGCCUCUGUCACCACCCUCCCGUCCUUUGCAGAUUACCGUGCGAAACUGGCCCUGGAGAAAGGUGGGGGUGCGGGUGGUGUUGGUGUUGGUGGUGCGGGUGGGAGUGGGGAAGGGGUUAAGGGUUUGGAGGGGUUGGUUGGGAGGAAGAGGGGCAAAGGCCGUGGGUUGAGGAGGGAAGGGAGUGGUGAGUGCGAGAAGGGGAGGGUGGGAAGGGGGGAUAAGGGGAAGGUGGAGAAGCAAAUGGGGGACAAGGAGAAGGGGGGUAUGGAGAAUGGGGCCACGGGAAAGGGAGAUAUGAGAAAGGGGGAUAAGGGCAAGGUGGGAGAGAGGAGGAGGCACCAUGUAAGAAGCUUCUUGCUUCCUGAAACUGUAAGCGAGCACGCAGAGGGGGAGAGCGGCGGGGUGGAGCCAUCUGCUUAUGAGGCGUCUCGGGAACAAGCAGAGGGAGAGAAGAGUGGAAUGGAGGCAGAAGCUGCUAUUGGGGCGUCUCGGGAACAGGCAGAGGGGGCGAGCAGUGGAGAGGAGGAAGAAGGUGCUACUGCUGAUGCCCUGCAGGGCCGCAGUGGGCCAUCUGACUGCCUGGGGGGAGAAGCUCAGUCAGAAGCUGCUACUGAGACCCUCCAGGGCCACCUGUCCAUCCUCCCUCUCAUCACCCCCCUUCUCUCCCUCAUUUCCCCCCGUUCUCCCCCUCAUUUCCCCCUCUUCUCCCCCUCAUUUCCCCCCGUUCUCCCCCUCAUUUCCCCCCCUUCUCCCCCUCAUUUCCCCCCGUUAUCCCCCUCAUUUCCACCCCUUCUCCCCCUCAUUUCCCCCCCUUCUCCCCCUCAUUUCCCCCCACUCUCCCUCUCAUCUACCCCUCUGCUCCCCUUCAUUUCUGCCCUGGCUCCUUCUCAGCCCCCACCCUCUCUCACCAUCAUUCCUCCCCCUGCUCCCCCUCAUUUCCCCCCGUUCUCUCCCACAUGUUCUCCCAUGUCCCGGCUAGGCCACAAGCAGCGGUUUGAUGCGGCGCGACGAGAGUGGUAG